AUGGAUGUCAGUAGGUCGACUAGCUACCUAUUCUCUCUGCGUACGGGGCCUGUCGUUCAAAUGAAACCGCCAAGUUUGGUAGAGAAAGAUUCCAACGAAAUUCUUCAGAAAGAUACGUAUGUGCUAAUUCACACCGAUUUCUUCUUUCUUGUUUUCUUUCCUUUUUCAUUGUUUUUCUUUCUUUCUUUCUUCUAUUUUUCUUUCUUUAUUUAUUUUUCCUUUCUUUCAUGUUUACAUUUUUUAUUCUUUCCUUCUUUCAUUUUCUUUCUUUCUUUCUUUUUUGUUUCGUUCUUCCUUCUUUUCCUUUCUUUCGUUCUUUCUUCUUUUCAUCCUUUCUUUUUUUUCUUACUUCCUUCAUUCGUUCUUUCUUUUUUUCUUCUUUUUUUCUUCUAUCUUACUUUCAUUCUCACUUCUUUCUUUUUAUUUCCUUUCUUUCUUCUUUUCAUACUUUCUUUCUUCCGUCUUUCUUUCUUUCUUUCUUUUUCUUCUUUUUCGUUUCUUCUUUCCUUUUUCUUUCUUUCUUUCUUUCUUUCUUUCUCGUUUUCUUUCUUUUUCUUGGUUGUUUCUUCUUUCUUUUUCUUUCUUUCUUUCUUUCUUUCAGAUCAUAUUCUUUCUUUCUCAUUUCCUUCUCCUUUUUUUUAG